CCCUUUGGGAUGGAGGGAACAGGCAGCGGCUGGACAGCUGAGCUCACCCCCCCAUGCGUGAUGCACGAGGUGAAUUCGAAUGACACCGGUCAGGUCUUUGAGGUGGCGCUGCAGAACGGUUCCUCCAAGCGCAGCCCCCAGUUCGUGGGCGUGGAGCUGCUGCAGUCCUUCAAGCUGCUCAUCAUUCCCUGCUACACCCUCGUGGCUCUGGUGGGCGUCUUCGGCAACUACCUGCUCCUCUAUGUCAUAUGCCGCACCCGUAAGAUGCACAACGUCACCAACUUUUUCAUUGGAAACCUGGCCUUCUCUGACAUGCUGAUGUGUGCCACAUGUGUCCCCUUCACACUGGCCUACGCCUUCAACCCACAUGGCUGGGUGUUCGGCCGUUUCAUGUGCUACCUGGUGUACCUCAUCCAGCCCGUGACGGUCUACGUGUCGGUCUUCACUCUCACUGCUAUUGGUGUGGACAGAUACUAUGCCACAGUUCAUCCUCUGAAAAAGCGCAUCUCGGUCUUGGCGUGCACCUACCUCCUGUGUGGGAUCUGGCUGCUGUCCUGCGGUCUGGUGGCUCCGGCUGUGGCUCACACGUACCACGUGGAGUUUAAGAAUGAGGGCUUCACCAUCUGCGAGGAGUUCUGGAUGGGCCAGGAGAGGGAGCGGCUGGCCUACGCCUACAGCACUCUAUUCAUCACCUACGUCCUGCCUCUGUCGGCGCUCUGCAUCUCGUACCUGUGCAUCUCCGUCAAACUACGGAAUUGUGUCGUCCCCGGCCACCACACGCAGAGCCAGGCGGAGGCUCAGCGCAUGCGCAAGCGAAAGACCUUCCGGCUGGUGAGCCUGGUGGUGGCAGCCUUUGGCGUCUGCUGGAUGCCCAUCAGUGUUUUCAAUGUGCUGCGUGACAUUGACAUUGACCUGAUUGAUAAGCGGUACUUUCUGCUCAUUCAGCUGCUCUGUCACCUGUGUGCAAUGAGCUCAUCCUGCUGUAAUCCGUUCCUCUACGCCUGGCUACACGACCGCUUCCGUGCUGAGCUCCGAAAAAUGUUUACGUGCCGCCGUCGCAUCGGCAUCGCGGCAAAUAACUGUGCCACAGCCAGCGUGGUUUUGUGA